ACAUGGCGACUUUCCUAUCGAACAGGUCUCCUAACCGAAGGAAAAAGAAGUGCUGUUUAACCUCAUUAUAGCAUGCAGAAUGCAGUUUUUAUACUACAGUAAUUACCCUUAAUAUGCAUCUAUUUUGUUUAGCUCAUAAACUUUAUACAUUUCCAUGUAAUCAGUGUGGGACUGGUAAAGUGCAUAUACAGGUGUCAACAACAGUAUGUCAAUCUUGAACAGCUUCCGAAAAUUCUUCAAACUUGGAGGAGAAGAAUCGGCUCGUAGGAAAUCGGCUUAUAAGAACAUUACUAGAGAUGUGGAUCCCUCCAAUAAAUGGGAUAUUGUCGGAGAACUCGGUGACGGUGCUUUUGGGAAAGUUUACAAGGCCCAAAACAAGGAGAAUGGUUCCCUGGCAGCCCUGAAGCAAGUAGAGAUAAAAUCUGAGGAAGACAUAGAAGAUUUCUCUGUAGAAAUUGACAUCCUUACAGAAUGUCGUCACAAGAACGUAGUUGGGCUUUACGAAGCAUUUGUCUUCGAUGGGAAACUUCUGAUGUAUAUAGAAUUUUGCGGGGGAGGGGCCAUAGACAGCAUCAUGGUGGAGCUGGAAAAACCCCUUACAGAGAACCAGAUCCGAUAUGUCUGUAACAACAUGUGUAGUGGUCUGGAGUUCCUCCAUAAUAACAAGGUCAUUCACAGGGAUCUCAAGGCGGGAAACGUACUGCUAACAUCGGAGGGGGACGUCAAGUUAGCUGAUUUUGGAGUUUCUGCAAAGAAUACAAGAACAAAUCAGAGACGAGAUUCAUUUAUUGGAACUCCAUAUUGGAUGGCGCCAGAGGUGAUAAUGUGUGAAACACUAAAAGACAGUCCCUACAACUUCAAGGCAGAUAUAUGGUCAUUGGGAAUCACUUUAAUUGAGUUUGCUCAGAUAGAGCCUCCAAACCAUGACAUGCAUCCAAUGAGAGUGUUAAUUAAAAUACAGAAAUCAGAUCCCCCAACACUUGCCAAGCCAUCAAAAUGGUCAAAAACCUUCAAAGAAUUUAUAGCAAAAUGUCUGGUUAAGAAUCCCGACCAGAGACCAACAACAGGAGAAUUGCUAGAGCAUCCUUUUAUAGCAGGCUACAAUGAUAAGAAGGAAGUGCUGAACCUUAUCAUGGAAUCCAAGGCUGAGGUGGAAGAGAUUGUGGAAGAUCUUCCAGAAGAUCAGGAAAUCUUAGAGAUGAAGCGUCAUAUGAGUGAUGUAUCUUCAAAGAUUUUGGACCUUGAGGAGAAUGAGUCGGACAGCAAAGCAACCACCCCAGAAAAGGAAGAACCCAAGGUCACAGAAAAGACAAAGGUACCAGAGGAACCAAUUAAAACUGAACCGAAACCCUCUACUCCUGAACCAGUGGCCAAAAUUGAGCCAGAAAAGCAGAAAACACCUUCUCCCAAACGGGUAGUGGCUCCAGCACCCCCAGCAGCUGAGGAGGAGAAGAAAGAGGAGGAAAAGUCUGAGUCAAAGGCAGAGGAGGAAGAGAAGAAAGAAGACAAGAAAGAGCUGGCUCCUCCUGCAGCAGAGGAGAAAAAGGAGAUUGAAAGUCCAGUUAAGGAAACAAAGGAACCUAGCCCAGAAAAAGAUAAAGUUGAUAAUGAGCCAGUGAUGGAUGUGGUGGUUGAAGAGAUUAUCAAUGACGUCAUCAGGUCCACUAAGCUGGCACCUUCUGUACCAGGAGUUGUUUUAGACACUGUACAGGAGCUUAUAGAGCAGUCUGAUGAAGAGGAAGGGGAGGAAGAAGAUGAGUAUAACAUGUCAGACAUUGAGGGUGAACUUGUAGAAGAGGAAACGGAGGAAAAGAAAGAUGUGUCUGAGGAACCAGCUAAAGAAGAGCAAGUCAAGGAUGAGGAGAAAAAGGAAGUUAUCUCUGAGGAACCAGUCAAAGUUCCUGCAGAGGGACCAGUUAAGGAAGAAAAGGAACCAGCCAAGACCCAUGAGGAAAAGGAUAAAGUGGCAGAGAUAGACAAGAAAAUUGAAGGAAAGGAAGAAACAGGAGAAACAAAAAGUGCUGAAAAGAGUUCAGAAUUGGAAAUUCAGGUGGUCAAUGUGACAAUUACCGAUGAGGACACCACCAGUGAAAAGAGUGAAAGGACAAGUGAGUCAGAGAAAAAGGACUCUGUGAUCACAAUUAAUGGACAGGUUCUGCCGGACAAGGGAAUAACAAUAAACGGUCAGCCUGUUCCGUCAUCAGGGACUACAGUGGUAAUCAAUGGCGAUGUGGUGGGGGUGAAGUCCUCACCGUCCAUUGAUAACAGUAUAGACAAGAGUAUGUCUAACAGCAGUGACAGUACAGAAAUUGUGCCUCAGACCGAUUUGGACACUAUGGAAACAAAAGUGAUUAAGGAGCCAAAACGAAAAUCAAAGGAUCUCUCGCAUGUAACCAGCGUGGAGGAAGAUCAGCGGUCAGAUACGGAGAGUGUUACCACGGUGGAUAGCCUGGGUGAAGGGGAGAAGAAGGCAGAUGGGCCUGUGGAGAGGCGAGCUAAACACAUCAGGGGCAGAAGUGAGAGUAAGAGCCAAUACAGGACGAUGACAAAGACAAGAAAAUACAUGAAGGAUGGGGAACUAGUUACCAGUACCACUCAGAGAGUGGUCCACGCAGGGGAGGAACACAAAAUGAGAGAUGAAUAUCAUAACAGGAAGAAUGAUUUACGUGAACUUAAGGUGCUUCAGAAACAAGAGAACAAGCAGUACCAGGAUCUCAUGUACAAGUCCCAAUGUGCUCGCGAGGAUCAGGAACGCAAAUUCGAACUUGAUAUGCAGACUUUGGUGAAGAAUUAUGAUCAGGAUAUGGAAACUCUUAAUAAAACUCAAAAACAACAGGUAGAAAAAGCAGAACAGAGCCAAGCAGCGGACAUGAAGAAUGCAGCCAAACGCCUUAAAAUGGACCAGGAGAAAGAAUACAAAUUGUUCAAAGAGCAGCAGAAACAAGAACUGAAACUUUUGAGACAAGAACUAGAUCUCAUGCCAAAAGACAAUAGAAAGGAUGCAAUGAAGAAACGUAAGGACCAAAAAGAAAUAGAGCUCCAAGAGAAGGAGCGUCUCUUUUUGGAGAACCAAGCAGAGAGACAGGAGAAACAUAUGAAGCAGUUAGCGGAGGUACACAGACAGAAGGUAGCUCUCCUGGAAAGUCAGUUCCUUCAGCAGAAACAGCAGCUUCUAAGGGGGAGAGAAGCUGCGAUAUGGGAGUUAGAGAAACAACAGUUACAUGAGAAACACCAGCUGUCUAAGAGCCAGCUUAAAGACCUCUUCUUCCUCAAACGUCAUCAGAUGUUGACCCGCCACCAAAAGGAAGUUGAACAAAUGAAGAGGAGCAACUCUGUUAAAGAAGAUGAAAUGCAGAAGAGACAUGCCUUAGAAAAGAGAAGGCUUCCCAAAAUACAGAGGAGUGAGGCAAAAACUCGGGCUCAAAUGUUUAAACAGAGUCUCAGGCUGAGCACAGUGGGCUCACCCGAGGAUGAUCGAGCCAAAAUAAAACAGUUCGAGGAAAAUGAGAAGAAGAGGAUGAAGGCUGAACAGCAGCGACAAGAGCAGAAGCACAAAAAACAGUGGGAGGAGCUUGUCUACCGCAACGAGACGAGUCUCCGAGAGCUUGAGCAGUUACAGGCAGAGAAGAGGAAGAUGCUAAUGGAGCAGGAAACACAGAAAAUAAAGGAACUGGAUGAUCAGUAUGCCAACGAACUACGGGAAUGGAAGCAACAAUUGGUGCCAAGGAAACAGAAACUUGAAGAGGAAUUUCAAAGACAAAAAGAUGAACAAGAGAAGUUUUACGGAACUGUGAUAAUUACGGGAAACGAAGGAAUGCCCGCACCACGGCCAGAUUCUGGAAGCUUGAGGAACAAAGAGUCGGUCAAAUCUCGACACUCGACAGUGAUUUAAUGACCACUUUUAUCCUUCCAGCAUGGUGCCACUACUUGUGAUGACCUUUGACCUUGUCUGCAUAUGAUGUCCUUCGCCGUUUAUGCGUUUCUCAUUCUCUGUUACAUCCCAAGUCAGAUAACUGUGUUCAGUUCCCUUCACAACAGUUGCCACAUUUCUGAACAGAGAUACUGAAAUGUUUGAAUUGAAUUUUCAUCAUUUUUGUUUUUUUAUCAAUAUAUGAAUGUAUCGGAGAGAUGAAUAUGUAAUUUUUAUUGUCAACAUUCCUAGUGGCUUAUUUCUGUAAGAGGUUUAGCCAUGAUACAGCUAGUCUGUGUUGAAAAUUUUAUGUUUAUAUCUGAUGCACUCUCUGUGCUAUUAAACUGCUCUGAAAACUACAUAGCAAUAUAUUCUGACCACAGUAAGGUUGAAGUUUAGUUGCAAACUGUUUUUCGCCAAAAUAUCAUGUGGACAUAUUGAAAUAAUAUUGAAAUGUUCUGUACAGUAAAACACGGUUAUAGCAAACACACUUAUAAUGAAUUCACGCUUACAGCAUAGAGAUUUUCAAUCUUCGUGGUUCUAAAACGCAUUGUAAUCUUAAUGGAUAUAAGGAAUUACGUUUAUAAUGAAUCAAAAGUUUUCGACCCAGGCACUUCACUCUAAGCGUGUUUUACUGUAUAAUGUAUUGUGUUUCUGUCUUGUUGAGGUAUCGUAAUAUUUUUAUCAGUGUUAUCUCGGGAAUUCUUUGAAUAAUUUUUGAUACUGCAAUACAUGUUUGUGCUAUGUGUUAAGUCUGGAGUUAUAUGAAUGAAUGAUCAAGUGUUCUUUAGAGACAUUUGCUUUCUAUCUCUGCAUUAUUGUUUGAUGUGCAAGUUUAUUCAUGCUCUGUACGUUUAUUUAUAAUCCUCAUAUUUUGUGGAAAAUCUGGACAGAUGUUAGAAUUUUCAAGUUUUAUACAUGCAUAUAUAUAUACAUAUAUAUCUUCAUUUAUGUUAUAAUAUUGCCAUACCACAUAUAUGGUAGCAAAUUGAAAUUGGAUAUGAUAAUAUUUUAAAGAAUUGAUUCUGUUUCAAUGUUUAAACUUCACUCUUUUGCCACAGUGACUAUCGGAGGCUACAGGCCAGUGAAGCUAGUGUGGUAUCGAUAUAUGUCUGACACCUAUGUCAGAUUGCUUUUAUCAUACUUAUAUACAUAUUCCUGAAAAGGACUAUGUUAUUUUAAUAAAUUCAAGAAUAAA